GGGGCCAGGGAGCGGCGGGAUCCGCGUAGAGUUCAAGUGGCCGUCCUUGGGGGCAGGGAACGGGAGGGGGAUCGCAGGCGAUGGUCUCGGCGCUGCGUUUCUUGGGUGGCGCCUGCGCACGGGCCCGCGGGGCGUCCCCCGGGGGCUUCCCCCGGGCGAGAGGGCCGGCGCCCGGGAGGCCCUGGCCGCUGUGCGGGGGUGUCCGCAGCGGCAGCACCAGCUCAUUUGACAUAGUCGUUGUGGGCGGUGGAAUUGUGGGGCUUGCCUCUGCCAGAGCACUCAUCCUGCGACAUCCUGCACUUUCCGUUGGCCUCCUGGAAAAGGAGAAAGAUUUAGCUGUUCACCAGACUGGACAUAACAGUGGUGUCAUACAUAGUGGAAUUUAUUAUAAACCUGAAUCCCUGAAAGCUAAAUUAUGUGUACAAGGUGCCACUCUCAUCUAUGAGUAUUGUAACCAAAAGGGAAUUUCCUACAAGCAAUGUGGCAAGCUAAUAGUAGCUGUUGAACAAGAAGAAAUUCCCAGACUUCAGGCUUUAUAUGAGAGGGGCCUGCAGAAUGGUGUCCGGGGCUUGAGGCUGAUCCAGCAGGAGGAUAUAAAAAAGAAGGAGCCGUAUUGCAGGGGUCUAAUGGCUAUUGAUUGUCCAUACACUGGCAUUGUGGAUUAUCGACAGAUAGCUUUGUCGUUUGCCCACGAUUUCCAAGAAGCAGGUGGCUCUGUCAUCACCGAUUUUGAAGUGAAAGAUAUUGAAAUGGCCAAAGAAAGCCCUUCCAGCAGUAAAGAUGGGAUGAAAUAUCCAAUUGUGAUAAAGAAUACAAAGAGAGAGGAAAUUCGAUGUCAGUAUGUUGUGACAUGUGCAGGACUUUACUCAGACCGUAUUUCAGAGUUGAGUGGCUGCAGUCCUGAUCCUCGAAUUGUACCAUUCCGGGGAGAUUACCUGCUUUUGAAGCCAGAAAAAAGCUAUCUUGUGAAAGGAAAUAUUUACCCGGUCCCAGAUAGCCGGUUCCCUUUCUUAGGAGUUCACUUUACGCCAAGAAUGGAUGGUAGUAUUUGGCUGGGGCCUAAUGCAGUACUUGCCUUUAAACGGGAAGGUUAUAGACCCUUUGACUUCAGUGCCAGAGAUGCCAUGGAUAUAAUUAUCAACAGUGGCUUAAGUAAACUGAUUUUCCAGAAUUUCUCCUAUGGAGUUAAUGAAAUGUAUAAAGCCUGUUUUCUUGGUGCAACAGUGAGGCACCUUCAAAAGUUUAUCCCUGAAAUUACUACCAGUGAUAUACUCAGAGGUCCAGCUGGAGUGAGAGCCCAAGCCCUGGACAGAGAGGGCAACCUGGUGGAAGAUUUUGUAUUUGAUGGGGGAGUUGGGGACUUUGGAAAUCGAAUUCUUCAUGUGAGAAAUGCACCUUCUCCUGCUGCCACUUCUUCCCUCGCAAUUUCUGGAAUGAUUGUAGACGAAAUACAGCAAAGAUUUGCGUUGUAAAUAAUGAAAGGGGCUAGAUACGCAUUGUAACGUCCACAUCAGCAACAAGAAUGUACUGUACUAAUUGCGUUUUUAACUACGAUUUAAACAGAUGGUUUUAAAAUCUCACUUUUAGGUAAAAAAUAACCAAUGAAUUAUUAAAAUUAUGUAACAUAGAAAUGAUUUUGUAAAAAGUUAAAGUACACAUUCUUUCACUUUGCGAAUGGAGAAAAAAGUGCAGUUUUAUCUGUCCUGAAUUCCUGACAUCGUUAAUGAUCUUUUCUUACUAGUCAUGAUCAAAAGAUUUGGCUCUUUUAGAAUUUUGGGUAAAGGGGCUGGGGAUUUAGCUCAGCGGCAAAGCGCCUGCCUGGCAAGCGCAAGGUUGUGAGUUCGGUUCCUGGUA